ACGAAAUAACAAGGUAUUAUUUUCCUCGCCUCCAAACAAGAUCCAAUCUCAAAAUUCGAAUGAUUUUAUUUCUCGAAAUCUCGAAUCCUUACCUGUAAUUGCUGUUAUUUGGCCCAAGCAAGGCCCAGAUCUGAAUGACAUCGCUCCGCAUUCUGUUCACAAAUCAAUCACAGUAUCUGGCAAAAGGAAGGCAUAUUUAGAUCACAAACUGUAAUGUGGGUUCGGGUUUUGAAGCUUGAGUUGUUUUGAAGUUGAAUUUGUGGGUUCUUCUCGUUGGCUCAAUCAACCAUGGUUUUCUGGGAAGGUUAUGUGAGUGAUGAGGCUAUGGGCACUUUUGCCCCGAUUAUAGUUUAUUGGUUGUAUGCGGGAUUUUAUCAGCUGUUACCGCCUUUGGACAAUUACCGGUUGCAUACAAGAAAAGAGGAAGAUGAGAAGAACUCGGUGCCCCUUGCUUCGGUGGUUAAAGGUGUUUUGCUUCAACAGCUAGUUCAGGCCACCGUAGCUCAUUUGCUCUUUGUGCUGACCUCCAAGACAGGUUCAUCUGGGACUGUAAUUCAGCCCUCCAUUGCAGUCCAAAUUGUGCAGAUUAUUAUAGGGAUGCUAGUCAUGGACACAUGGCAGUACUUUGUGCAUCGCUACAUGCACCAGAACAAAUUCUUGUAUCGCCAUGUCCACUCUCAACAUCACAAGCUGGUUGUCCCUUAUGCAAUUGGGGCCCUUUACAAUCAUCCGUUGGAGGGUCUCCUGCUUGACACUGUGGGCGGAGCAAUCUCUUUCCUUGUCUCAGGAAUGACAGCACGCACAGCUGUGAUAUUCUUCUGCUUUGCUGUGAUAAAAACUGUUGAUGAUCACUGUGGACUCUGGCUGCCUGGCAACAUCUUCCAUCUCUUAUUCCAGAACAACACUGCUUAUCAUGACAUCCAUCAUCAACUCCAGGGCCUAAAAUAUAACUAUUCUCAGCCUUUCUUCCCCAUAUGGGACAAACUUCUUGGGACUCACAUGCCUUACAAACUGGUAAGGCGACCUCAAGGGGGGUUUGAGGCAAGACUAACAAAGGACUAGUUACACCAAUGACCAUUCAUCCUUGUAUUGUUUCCAGCUCUCAAUUCAAUGCAGGAACAUUUUUCGGUUGGGGUUGUGCCAUUCUUGAGAAGCUGAACUACUAUUCUUUUGAGGUUUGAUUUUGUAGGAGUUGUUCAUUCCUUUUCUGGUUGCUUGAGACCAUUUUAUAUUUGGUCGAUAUGGUAAAUUUCACCAUUACAGCACUCAUGAACCCUGUAACCUUGUCUUCUCCAGGGUUAUGUAUUUGUGUAGUAUACUUGUUUUAUGGGCAUGCAACCUUCACAUCUUUCAGCCGGUUCGGAUCGAUGUACUAAAUGAUUGUAUUGAUCUUUCAUCUAGUUAAAAUUAAUGUACUUAACAGUACU